UCGCAUGUUUGUUUUGGAGCGAAGUGCUCGUGAAGGCUGCGCAGGUUUCCCCUCCACGCGGACCUUUCUCGCCCUCUCCGCACGAUGCCGCCGAGCGCCGGCGCCGCGCGCUUCCCCGCGCGCCUGUGGGAGGAGGUGCUGCGCAGGGGCAGGCACGCGGUGGUGUUCAUGGACGAUCCCUGCGCGGAGAGCCUCCAUUGGAGCGGGGGCGUCUCGCGCCUGCUCGAGGCUGGGGCGCGCAACGUCAAGCAGCUCUCCAGCUUCGAAGCCGGUGCAGAAGACGAGCCGCGCGCGCUGUUCGUGGUCAGCACGCUCCUAAAGGGGAGGACGGCGGACGUCAUUAAAGAUGUGGUCUCCCUCAGUCGUUUCCGGUGCUGCGUCGUGGUCACGGCCAUGCCUCACUCGCUGCACCUCCUCGCCGGCGGGGUCACCGCCGAGCUUGACGGGAGCCCCGUCUUUCAGCAGUUCGAGGAGCGACUGCGCGAGUGGAUGGGGGACGCGAGCUGCACCGCGGAGGUUGUGCACGUGCCCGUGGUCUUCGCCCAGCUGUCCCCUCAACUGCUCCUUGUACCUUCAUUCGCGGAUCUGUUUCCCCUGCUGGAAACCGACCUCAGGUCCAUCGACGGGAACCGGCCGGAGAAGAGACGGCACGGGCGCCCGAUGGACGUGGACGUGCACGCGCUGCCUCUCGCGCUGCAGGUCAAAGUCAAGGCCCUGGCGUCCGCGCUGAACGCCCUGUUUGAGCUGUCUGGUACGCGCGAGGAGAGCUUCGCCGUCGGGCCGAUGAGCCGUAUGAUCGCAGGCGAGCUGGCCAGCCAGGCCAAAGCCGGGAGGAAAGCCGCAGUCCACAAAGCAUCAGUAGUCUUCAUUGACAGAACCCUGGACCUGACAGGAGCUGUGGGUCACCAUGGUGACAACCUGGUCGAGAAGAUCCUGUCUGUCUUGCCUCAGCUGCCAGGUCACGUGACUGACGUUCAGGUGGACAUGGUGGGACUCACGCAUCUGCAGCACACGCCCACGGUGCAGGGCACACUGGCGCCCGGAUGCCUGGCACAGAAUCAGUCGGCCACGGCACGGUUGCUGUGGGAGACGAUGCUGGUUGCUAAGCAGAAGGAGGCCGUGAUGGAGGUGAGGAGGCACCUGGUUGAAGCUGCCAGCAAGGAAAACCUGCCAUUCAAGAUAAACCUAGGGCGGGUGACAUCGGAGCAGCUCUCCUCUUACGCGCAGUUGUUUCGUGGCAGCUGGGGGGCACUGCAGAGUCACUGUGGGGUCCUACAGCUGGGCCUGGCCACUGCCCAGACCCUCCGCCCCGCCGGCCUCGCACGCUGGGAUGCCCGCCUCGCCUUCGAGAAGCUCCUCCUACAGGCACUGGGAGACUCUGGACUGGCGGACGUGCUGAAACAGCUACUCACCAUCGUGAAGUCCAGCGGCUCUGGUUCUGGUGCGGGUGGAGGGGACGAUGAGCUGAGUGUGGACGACCUGCUGGUUCUGCUAGUGUAUGUCUACUCCCUGGGCCAGGAGACGCAUGUGGGCAGGAGUCACGCAGAGGAGCAGGUGGAGGAGGAGCUGAUUGGGGCCCUCACGCGCUCACUGACCAAUCAGACGACACUGAGCCAGUUGCUGCAGGAUAUUACAGGCGUGUCCACUCCUGAGGAGCUGACAGUGGAGCGUGCACACACAGCUCUGGAGCGUGUGUUUGAGACGUUGAGAACGCUGGGACAUUCCCGCUCUCAACUCAGACAGUUCCGUUCUGUUUAUAACGCCGGUGACACCACGCACCAGGCGACGUAUCGUCCGUUCCUGAAGCAGGUUCUGGAAGAGAUCUUCAGACCAGGUCGUCCUGAGUGUCCCGACAUUGAGCACACGUCAGGAGGACUUACUGACCUGCUGAAGACUGGGAUCAGUAUGUUCAUGAAGGUCAGCCGGCCCCACCCAAGUGAUCAUCCUUUGCUGUUUCUCUUCCUGGUGGGUGGAGUCACCCCUUCAGAGCUCCGCCUUAUUCGCGAGGUGGUCUCCGCCCAUAAAGCAGGAACACAGGUGUUGGUGAUCUCCACAAGGCUGCUGAGACCAGCUGAUAUUCCACACCUACUGUUCGGCACAGGCAGACUUACACCAGACAUCGGAGUGUGAGAGGAGAAUGCAGACCACACACAUUCUUACACUCUCUGAAACAAGCACCAUAUAUUCACAGACACACACAGUUUGCGGAAAACAGUAAUUGGUCAGCUUCCUUUUUACGAGAGAGCAACACACACUCCUGAUGUUGACACCCAAAUGUCUCCCCACAACACACACUGAAAGCCAACUGGACAGGAAGCGGCUGUAUGAGUUAUGGGUUAGGUAGCUAGAAUGGGCAGGGUUCCGGAGGUUUUGGAAGACUGCUGAAUUUGGGGACUGUCUGGUGAAUGUGGGAACACUUUAUAAUGAGGACAACAACGACAUGUUGGAGGGACGUUUGUGGUCUGCUGUUGAAAAUCAGUGCUCAGAGCUCUUUCAACACUCUUGCAUAUAAAUGCACAUUUCCUUGUGACCAAAAAACCUAAAAGGAUCAUCAGAAAUGUGUAACCUAAUUAGCGUAAAUAAAUAAAUUUACAAGACCCUUA